CACAAUUAUAAAACGAGGUCUUUCUGACUGCUACUAUUAGUGCAUGCAUGGGUGUCAAAGCCGGCUCCGUGAUAAGCCGGCUCCGGUAUCUAACCAAACCUUCGCACCCAACUGAAGCCAAAGCCGUAACCAACACAAUCCUCACUCACCUCACUUCCGGCCGUCUCCGAAAAGCCGUCUCCAUCCUCUUCUCUUCCCCAUUCCCCUUCCACUUCUCCCUCUACGCCCACCUCUUCCACCUCUGCUCCUCCUCCCGCGCAGUUCUCGAGGCCCGCAAAGUCGAGUCCCAUCUCGUCACCUUCUCCCCCACCCCGCCCAUUUUCCUCCUCAACCGCGCCAUCGAGACCUACGCCAAAUGUGGGUCCUUGGGAGACGCGCGGGAGCUGUUCGACGAAAUGCCCCAGAGAGACGGUGGGUCUUGGAACGCCAUGAUCAAGGCGUAUUCCCAAAGUGGGUGUCCUGAGGAUGCUCUGGUUUCGUUUUUGGAUAUGAAUAGAGCCGGGUUUUUGCCGAAUGAGGUUACUUUCGCUGGUGUUCUCGGCUCGUGUGCUGCCGUUUUGGAGUUUUGGGUUUUGAGGCAAGUUCAUGGUCUUGUUGUGAAGUAUGGUUUUGGCGGGAAUGUGAUUUUGGGGAGUUCGCUUGUUGAUGUUUAUGGGAAGUGUGGGGUUAUGAGUGAUGCGAGGAGAGUGUUUGAUGAGAUGGAAAACCCGAAUGAUGUUUCUUGGAAUAUAAUCGUGAGGAGGUAUCUUGAGAUGGGUGAUGGAAUGGAGGCGGUAAUGAUGUUUUUCCGGAUGCUUGUGGUGGGUGUCAGGCCGUUGAAGUAUACUUUUUCUAAUGCUCUUGUUGCUUGUUCGAGCGCCUUUGCACUUGUGGAGGGGAAGCGGAUACAUGGAGUUGGGGUUAAAAUGGGUUUUGAAGAUGAUGAGGUCGUUUUGUGCUCCCUCAUCGAUAUGUAUGUUAAAUGCGGGAAGCUAGAACAUGCUCAUGCAAUUUUUGACCAGCCCCAUUCGAAAAACUUGAUUUCUUGGACGUCACUUGUGUCUGGAUAUGCAAUGAGUGGACAAACAUGGAAGGCAAGGGAGUUGUUCAAUGAAAUGCCUGAACGGAAUGUGAUAUCUUGGAAUGCAAUGUUGGCAGGGUAUACUCGUUACUUCCAAUGGGAAGAGGCGUUGGAUUUUAUAUUUUUGAUGCGGAACACCACCAAAGAUAUAGACCAGGUCACUCUUGGGUUGAUCCUAAAUGUAUGUGCUGGCCUCUCAGAUGUUGAAAUGGGAAAACAGGUUCAUGGAUUCAUUUACCGACAUGGAUUUUGUUCCAAUCUCUUUGUUGGCAAUGGUCUUCUCUACAUGUAUGGUCGAUGUGGUAACUUGAGAAAUUCCAAAACAGUCUGGUUUCACCAGAUUAGUCCAUCACGGGAUACAGUUUCUUGGAAUAGUUUGUUGACAAACUAUGCUUCACAUCGUCUGAGUGAACUGGCAAUGACAAUCUUCUAUGAGAUGCAAUUUGAGACAGCACCUAACGAGAUUACAUUUGCAACUCUCCUUUCAGCAUGUGCAAAUAUUUUUGCUCUUCAGCAAGGCAAACAAAUUCAUGGUUUUAUGAUUAGAAAUGGUUACAUAAUAGAUACCGUGGUUAGAGGGGCUUUGGUUGACAUGUAUUCCAAGUGUCAUUCUAUUGAGUAUGCUUUUAUGGUUUUCAAAGGUGGGACUUCAAAAGAUGUGAUUCUUUGUAACUCCUUGAUUUUGGGAUGCUGUCACAAUAAUAGAAUGAGACAGAUAUUUAAAUUGUUUCGUUUGAUGAAGGAAGAAGGAAUUAAGCCAGAUCAUAUCACAUUUCGAGGCAUUUUGUAUGCUUGUACUUGUGAAGGUCUUGUUGAGUUGGGAAAGCAGUAUUUUGAAUCAAUGAGCAAUGAUUAUGGUAUUAUACCUCGAUUAGAGCACUAUGAGUGCAUGAUUGAACUCUACAGCCAGUGUGGGUACAUGGAUGAGCUUGAAACCUUUGUAAGGAAUAUGCCAUUUGAUCCCACAGUCCCAAUGUUAACAGGAGUUGUGGAUGCUUGUAAAAGACAUGGAUGCCUGAGAUUUGGACAAUGGGCUGUUCAACGACUUAAUAACUAAUCCAUCUAGUUCAUAACUCUUUGGGAUGAUGGACAAGAGCCAGGUAGUGAUUGCCGAAAUUGCAGAUUCAAAAUCUGCAUAACCAAGGAGGUACGCUACUUGACUGAUUGCACAGAUCUGAGUUUUUUGACAGGGCAGACUUAUUCAUUAGACUUCAAGCUUCUUCAUCAGGGGUGCUUGAAUUUCAGAUUUGGUGAAAUGCAUUCCUCCAAGUAAUAAAAACAUGUGUUGUAUUUCUGUUGCUAAACACAAACCAUGAAAACCUCUUCAAAGCAAAAUCCCAGAUAGAAUUGAAGACUCCAAGAUCCGAACCAGUUGAUCUACUAUACCUUGAUGCUCAGUACUAUCCAAGGGGCUCACGGAAUUAUUAGGGACAUAGAUUCCUUAUAUGUUGUAAGGAGCAUUAUAAGCUGAAGCUCAUUUUUGGGUACAGUCAAUUUAUCAGCUGAUGCCCUUGGACCUAUGUAUAAAUUGUAUUAAUGUUGAUCUGUGCCUAGUUUUUGUUUUGUUUAGUACAAGAUGAAGAUAUGAUUGUGCCGUACUUUGCACGGACUCAUAAAGAAGAUGAAUUCGAUAUAAGCAUUUGUUUAAUAUGUUUGAACAUCUAUUACCAAUA